AUGCCGUCUCCCUCCGCUCGACGUCCCGCCGGCCGCGCCGCCCCGCGCCCCGCGCCCGUGGACACAUUCUCCCAGGGCACCCUCGUCGCGUCCCUCCUCAUCAGCACCGUCGCCUACGCCGUCAUCGCCGGCGUGGCCUACGGCGACUUCGACACCCUCGUCGCCGGCAACGAGUCGCUCAUCCUCGUCGUCCCCAUCGCCCUGACGCUGCAGAUCAUGGGCCUCCUCAUCGGCAGCCAGGAGAUCAGCGCGGCGUGGCCGGGCCGCCUGGGCCCCGUCUUCGCGGCCGGCGCCGCCGCCUUGGGCGCCACGGGCGUCUACGUCCUCGCGCAGAGCCUGCCGCGCGACUACUACAUGCUGGCGCUGCUCAACGGGUCCUUCUACGCCGGCAUGCUGGCCGAGGCGGUGACCGGGGUGACGGGCACGCUCAUGGGAGGCGAUGGCGCCAAGGCCCCGCGGAAGCAGGACUGA